AUGGACAAACUGCCAUUUUCAAUCUAUGGUCAGAUCUGCGAGCAUCUGGAAGACCUUGAGGAUGUCAUGGCUUUGGAAGUAAGUUUACAUUAUCAUAAAGGCUGCCAUUUUGGUUAAACUUAUAUCUCUCAUAACUUCAAAUUCCAGUUAGCCACUUACUCAUAACACAACAAUAAAGUCUCUUGUAUCAAAAGUGUUACUCAUAACCUCUAAAAUAUUAUUCAUUAUGUGAAUUGCUUUAGGCUACUUGUAAAAGGAUUCGAAGCCAAGUCCGUGCUUGCUUCUGGGGUCAGCCCAAGAAGCUACGGCUGACUGAUGGUAACUUCGUCCAAGUUUUCUUAGAGAACGGUCAAAUGUACAAGGCCAAACCUCGAUUGGACGUGCUGAAGACAGUCUGUUCCAAGGCCAGAAACUUGACUGAAUUUGAUCUGGCAUCGUACACAGAGCUGCCAGCGUCAUUCAUGUAUGGAUUCCUGAGAUUCUUGAGGAAGACCAGUAAGUUUUGGAUAUUGUAAUUGAUAUAUGAUACUAUAUAAUUGUUGUUUGUUACUAAAUUCACUUGGGAAUGUUCAAAACAUUGUGAAUAACAUUUUUCUGCAAAACUCAAGUUAUCAGUCCAAUUGUUGUCACAAGCGAAAAACUAAUUUUUGGUCAUCAGGAGUCCCAUUAACAUCGUUGUGCCUCAACUAUGAGAGACCAGAAUCCAUGUAUUCGUGUCCAGAUGCCAAGAACGACCAGCGAUCUUACCCAUCCAAGCUAGUUCACGACCAAAUCACCAAGUUGAUAAACAGACAAGGCUCCAAUCUGUCGCACCUUUUCAUCAGAAUCAACUCGGUUGAUUACGUGUCGCUACAACGUGACGUGCGUGAGAUCUUUGUGGAGUUUGCUUGUAAAUGUUCUCAAGAGAUUCGUCAGGUGUUGUACCCGCUUCUGAGUGGAUUCAACAAGAAUCUAAAGGGAUUCAAGCCUAAGAUCAUGAACUUAGGCAUCAAGUCGGAAGGCCAAUGUAUUCUGCCAGCCUUCGACUUCUGUACCCAUACUAUCGUGCCACAGGAAGCCAGAGGAUUCUUGGAAGAGAUUCACUACAGGAUUCCAAACGCUGAGACUGUCGCCGUGCUGAACUACGACGCCUUCAUGCCAUCGUUGAUGGAGAAGUUGAACAAAGUGUCGCUGUACAUCGAGGAUCUUAAUGUAAGUUACAUCUCUAUUACUGUGUCAUACUGUAAAAUAAUUUUUUUCUGUAUAUCUAAAAUAACAUAUACAUUAUAAUAUGUUAAUCUUUACUUUUUGCAGGUAAACUCGACUGACCUAACUGACAUUGGCACCAGAAUCCAGCCGAACCCUUUCAUCGUCGAGCUGAACACUCCCACGGCUACACUCUGCCUUCCGGCUACAGCCAAAGUACAUUAA